AUGGCAGCAACUUGCUCGGCCCCGGCGCCCAUCAACUACUCGAAAGCGACCGAUGGCACGGGUGUCGUCGGCGGCGAUCCAUGGCUCGAGCCCUUCGUGCCCGCCCUUCGCGAGCGCUACGCCCUGUACAAUGACUGGCUGUCCAAGAUCAACUCCACCGAGGGCGGCCUCGAAAACUUCGCCCGCUCCUACCGCAACAUGGGCUUCCAGAUCGAUCCCAAGUCCCAAACAGUCCAAUACAUCGAGUGGGCGCCAAACGCAGUCGAAGCGGCGCUCAUCGGCGACUUCAACGGUUGGUCGCGCGACACACACAAGAUGACCAAGGACUCCUUCGGCAAGUGGCACAUCAGCAUUCCCGGCGUCAACGGGCAAUGCGCCAUUCCGCACGAUUCCAAGAUCAAGAUCUCGAUGGUGCUCCCCUCCGGAGAGCGCAUCGAGCGGCUGCCAGCAUGGAUCCUGCGUGUCACCCAGGACCUUUCCGUCUCGCCCGUCUACGAUGCGCGCUUCUGGAACCCGCCGACCUCGGAACGCUACACCAUGCGCCACGCCAAGCCUCCCGCGCCCACCAACAUCAAGGUCUACGAGGCGCACGUUGGCAUCGCCACGCCCGAACCCAAGGUCGGUCAAUUCAAGGAAUUCACCCGCAACGUCCUCCCACGAAUCAAAGAGCUCGGAUACAAUACCAUCCAGCUCAUGGCCAUCCAGGAACACGCCUACUACGCAUCGUUCGGCUAUCAGGUGACCAACUUCUUCGCCGCCUCGUCGCGAUACGGCAAUCCCGAGGAUCUCAAGGAGCUCAUCGACACGGCGCAUUCGUUGGGCAUCACCGUGCUGCUCGACAUCGUGCACAGCCAUGCGUGCAAGAACGUUCUCGAUGGUCUCAACAUGUUUGACGGCACGGACCACCUCUACUUUCACGAAGGCGCCAAAGGUCGACACGAACUGUGGGACUCGCGUCUGUUCAACUACGGCCAUCACGAGGUGCUCCGCUUCCUCCUCAGCAACUGUCUCUUCUGGAUGGACGAGUAUGGAUUUGACGGUUUCCGAUUCGACGGUGUCACUUCGAUGCUGUACACCCACCACGGCAUCGGCACGGGAUUCAGCGGAGGAUACCACGAGUACUUUGGUCCCAGCGUCGACGUUGAAGCUGUGGUCUACCUUAUGCUUGCCAACCGACUGAUCCACGAUGUCAACCCGUCCGCCAUCACCAUUGCCGAAGACGUCUCUGGCAUGCCCGCCCUCUGCCGACCCGUCUCCGAGGGCGGCGUCGGCUUCGAUUAUAGAUUGUCCAUGGCUGUGCCGGAUAUGUGGAUCAAACUGCUCAAAGAGUCGCGCGACGAAGACUGGGAUUUCGGCAACAUCUGUUUCACCCUCACCAACCGACGCCAUCUGGAAAAGUCGAUUGCCUAUGCCGAGUCGCACGAUCAGGCGCUGGUGGGCGAUAAGACGGUGGCGUUCUGGUUGAUGGACAAGGAGAUGUAUACCAACAUGUCGGACCUGACCGAGCGGACGGGGGUCAUCGAUCGCGGGUUGGCGUUUCACAAGAUGAUCCGGCUCAUCACGCACGCGUUGGGUGGUGAGGGAUACCUCAACUUUAUCGGCAACGAAUUUGGGCAUCCGGAAUGGCUUGAUUUCCCACGGGAGGGCAACGGCAACUCGUUCCACUACGCACGUCGCCAGUUCAACCUCGUUGACGAUACACUGUUGAGGUAUCAGUAUCUGUAUCGCUUUGAUGCGGCGAUGAACAACGCCGAGGAGCACGCCAAGUGGUUGGCCGCACCGCAGGCGUACAUCAGUCUCAAGCACGAAUCCGAUCGAGUGGUGGCAUUCGAACGUGCCGGUCUGCUGUUCGUCUUCAACUGGCACCCCACCCAGAGUUAUACGGAUUACCGAAUCGGUGUUGACGUUCCUGGAAAGUACAAGGUGCUGCUCGACACGGAUGCCAAGGACCUCGGCGGACACGGGCGCGUCGAUCACGCAACCGAAUACUUUUCCACGGACAUGGAGUGGAAUGGUCGCCGAAACUUUGUGCAGCUCUACCUGCCGAGUCGCAGCGCCAUUGUGCUGUACCGCGCCGGCUGA